AGCUGAUGCUGCGGUCACGUGACCCUCCUCCGGGUUUUCCUGCAGCUCUCAGUCAGACUGGAUCAGUUUGUCUGCUGGACUCAGAGAGAUGGCUUCAUCCUUCCUCUGCCUCACCCUCCUCUUCAUCACCAUCUACUCAGCAGAUGGGUUUCGACAUUAUGACCUGGAUCGGUGUGUGUUUAACUCCACGGAGCUGAAGGACAUCGAGUUCAUCCAGUCUUAUUUCUACAACAAGCUGGAGUACAUCCGGUUCAGCAGCAGUUUGGGGAAGUUUGUCGGAUACACGGAGUUCGGAGUGAAGGCCGCCGAGCACUGGAACCAAGAUGCUUCACUCCUGGCUAGUAUGAGAGCUCAGAAGGAGGUGUACUGCCAAUACAACAUUGGUAUUGAAUACCAGAAUGCUCUGUCUAAAUCAGCUGAACCCUACGUCAGGCUGUACUCCACCACGCCCCAUGCUGGUCGCCAUCCCGCCAUGUUGGUCUGCAGCGUCUACGACUUCUACCCAAAAACCAUCAGAGUCAGCUGGCUCAGAGACGGACAGGAAGUCCUGCCUGAUCUCACUAAUGAGAUGGAGGACGGUGAUUGGUACUACCAGACCCACUCCUACCUGGAGGACCCACCCAGGCCUGGAGAGAAGAUCUCCUGUAAGGUGGAACACGCCAGCCUGAAGGAGCCUCUGAUUAUUGACUGGGACCCGUCCAUGCCAAAGUCAGAAAGAAACAAGAUCGCCAUCGGAGCCUCAGGACUGAUCCUGGGUUUGGUCUUUUUUCUGGCUGGAUUCAUCUACUACAGUAGGAAGGCCAAAGACCCGUCCAUGCCUGAGUCAGAAAGAAACAAGAUCGCCAUCGGAGCCGCAGGACGAACCCUGGGUCUGAUCUUUUCUCUGGCUGGAUUAAUCUACUACAGGAGGAAGGCCAAAGGUCGUAUUUUGGUUCUCACUAACUGAGACUGGAUCCUGGUCCUGGUCCUGGACCUGGUUGUGGUCCUGGUCCUGUCAGACGUAGAACCAGCUGCUGCUUUAACCUGCCUCCACCUCCUCAGCAGACCGAUGAUCCUGGUUGGACCAGACUGAUGUAAACCUGAUCCAGAACUGGACUAACAGGUCUGAACCUGAUCCAGGACCCUCACAGUGGUCCUCCAUCAGGAGUCAGUCCUCUGACAGUCCUGGAUCAGGUCUGAUCUGGACUGUGGUGUGUGAGCUGCUUCUCUGUGUAAAUCAAUGUGUUUAAUAACAUGUAAUCAGAUCUAUUGAUGAUGAUCAGCUUCAGUGUUUUACUGUUUUCAGUUUUUAAUAAACAGAAACUCACCUGUC